AAAUAUUAAAGCAAAGGUCGUCCUACUCCAAUCUUAACUACCUGGACCUUCCGGUGUAUAGUUUAUACUCAACAUCCACUGUAUGGGCAUUUCAAACAUGUGGGAAUUAUACACAUGUGAACAUUCAUUCACUCAUUAUCAAACAGAGCAGUGAACUGCAUAGUUAGUUAAAUAUGUUUAAGAAUUAUUUAAUUGUGAACAUAACAUUUAAUAUUUCAGAAGUAUGUGACUAUUCAUUCAAAUGUUCCUCUACUUUUGUGGGUCCCUUUUUCGGCUAAUGUUUUAACAUCGGAGAAUAAAUGUUUAAAACUUACUGAAAUUCAACAUUAAAACAUCAUCCAACACCCACGGGCAAAACAAGAGUAGAAUGUCAACUUCAUCUUCAUCAGAAAACUCUGAAGAUAACCUUGUAGGUCAAGGUCGAGGAGAAGAAGAUGAAGGUCGUCAAGAAACAAGCAGGAAGUGCACUAGAAGCUCCCCUUGUUUACAACCUACAUGCAACUCAUGUUCAUCAAUUGAGGAUACCAACACCAAUCCCAUCCCCCCCAUCUCCUGCAACAAUUCCCCCAUGUACCUGCCCAAUUCAAAUGCCCCCACCCCUCCCCCCUCCCUUCAUCAUCCAAUAUUUCUCCUUAAAAGCUCUCUUACUGAUGCUAUCCAAAAUAACUACCUCCACAUUCUGAGACCCUUAAUUUCAAAGUUUAAUGAGAUGGUAAUUCUCCUGCCAAUAGAAGAGCUUAACAUUUUGAGUAGCUCUGGAAUUAAUAACACCAUUCAAGAGGCUAUGAAGAUAAUUGAUCAAAGCAACCCACCUGAUCCAACUCCAUCCCAUCUGAUAGUGCCCCAAGCUACUCUGAAACCUCCUAGAAUUGAACUCCCUAGAUGGAAUGGAGAAAUUGUAAGUUUCUACACCUGGCUUGGCUCUUGUCUAGGUAUGUUUGAGAAAAUUCCUUGUGAUUCCUGUUUAAAAAUACAGUUACUCCUUCAACACAUGCCAGUGGAGAAAACUACCACUCUAGUAGAUUAUCCUGACUAUGAAGAAUUUAAAUCUGAGCUACUCUUACAACAUGGUUCCCUCAUCAUUUACUCCAGAACUGUUUUCCAAAUGGUUCAGAACCUACCCCACUGCUACUCAAAAUCUACCUUUUGCAAGGAAAUUGCUACAAAAAUCCGAGCAAUCCAUACCAAUCUAUCAAGAAUUAAGAAGUUUCAUCCUAACAGCAAUGUGGAAGAACAAGUACUGUCCCACCACCUUAUUUCUGAAAUUGUGGAGAGGUUUCCAACAUAUCUAUGUGAAGUCUAUGACAGAGACUUUGCAAAGUUCUGUAUUUCCAACCCAUCCAGCACUCCAACUCAUCAAUUUGAAUUUCUUGUUACCUUCAUAAAAGAAACAGAAAUGCAGUACAGCCUGAGCACUACUGAGUUACCAUCCUUACCCAGAAGUCAACAAUUCUCUUCAAGAACAGAAAUUAAGUCUGUGAGAACUGAUGAUGAUCUGAAACAUUCUACACAGAGAAAACAACCCUGUCCUCUUUGUCUGCAGAAGAAGUUUACAUCCAACCAUUACCCACUAUCCAGACUGUGUGGAACCUCCAAGCUUGGAGCUGCUGAAUUACAGUCUUUGAUUUCUGAGCUGAAACUAUGUUCCAUAUGUAUCUUCAGACACCAUGCAGAUGAGUUCUGUGAUUCGAUAGGAUACAAAGGCCGACCAAAACAAUGUUAUAAAGGUUGCACUCUUGAUGGAAAGCCUUUACAUUAUGCUGCAUGUCAACAUAGCAACCAUGUACCCAGUACAAAUGUGUCUAAAGUGUCUGGUAGCAAGUCUAUUCCACAAAUCGAACAAGUGACCUGUAAUUCAGUUCCCCUGAAUCUCCAGUAUGACACUGGCUGUGGGUUUAGUUUAAUUAGCUGGUCUACUGUUUCCAAACUAGACCCUGCCUUUACUAGAAAAGGGAAGCCUGGAAGUAUCAGAGUCUUCUCUUAUGCUGCUGACAGUGGAAAAGUCAUUCCAUACACUCCAAUCUCAGUUUUAUUAGGAAAGAAAUGGGUGAGACUAAAUGCUAUAGAUCAAGAAUUGUCAAAGACUGAACCCUUCACUGCCACAAUUCCUAAGAAAUGGGUUUCCAGAUUCAACAAACUACAAGUUUUCCAUGAGGGUAGUAUUGAUAUCCUGCUUGGUCAUGACAACCUGUGUUGUUUUCCAACAGGACUUGAGAGGAAUCAUGCUGGCUUGUCAUUGUUUAAAAGUGUCAUUACCAAUCAGCUUGGUAUAUUUGGUCCUUUAGAUCCUCAUCUAGAUCCCACUAUGCCAUCCUCUCAAGCAUGCAUCAAGAGAGUAACAACAUCAUAUGACCUAUCUGAACAGUUUUUACAUCUAGUUUCUGCUGAGAACUACAUAGAUCCCCUCCUUAAACAGAAGUUAAUCAUUCAGAAGAAAGAAAAUUCAAUUGCUGAGAUCCUCCGGAACACCAAAGUUAUAGAGGAAAAGAAUAAAGUACAAGUUACUUACCAGUAUAAGGAAGACAGAUUAAAUUCUUUAGGUAACAAUAUCCAUGGAGCCCAACGCCGCAUCUCUGCCCUUCAUAAGAGAGUGUUUUCUAAACCUCAUAUUUCUACAGAGUUGGACAAGUACAUAUUUGAUCAAGUCCAAUGUGGAAACUAUGUAGAAGUGGACUUAGAAGAAGUUAAAGAAUCUGGAAAACAAUAUCAUGCUGUUGCCUACAAUUUUGUAGUCUCAGAAAACAGUACCUCUACAAAGGUCCGCCUUGUAACAGAUAGCUCAAUGAAGACAGAAACUGGUUUAAGCUUAAAUGAUGUCACCAAAGAUGCUCCUGGACAAGUUCCAGAUAUGAGAGGUAUUCUGAUGAGAGCCCGAACUCACAAUUUCUUUUCAGUAUUUGACAUCCGUAAAUUCUUUCGUUCAGUGUCCAUUUCUGAGCAGGAUUCUCUGCUUAGGCUAGUAUUUGUCCCUGCUCAGACAUUCUCAGCCAGCCCUACCCUAAACACUACUUGGAAAGUGUACAAGGAUACAGCUAUUCCAUUUGGAGAUGGUCCAUCAGGAGAUUAUGCCACAUGUGCAAAAUUUGCAACGUGUAUGCACUAUAUUCACUUGAUACCUGAACACAUCCGUGAAAAUGUCCGCAGAGCUGUAAUUCAAGAUACAUAUAUUGACGAUGGUGGAGCUGGUGCUGAUAACAAGCCAAUGCUUGAAGAGGUACAAAUUGGAAUUCAAACAUUGCUGAAGAUGGGAGGUUUUGAGAUUAAGAGUUGGGAAAACUCAGGGGAUGUUGGGAUCAGCAAGUAUUUAGGAGUAACUUGGGAUCGCAAACCAGAUCUUUUCUUUCUGAAAUUCAAGUUGAAUCUCUCAAAGCGUUACAGGGGUGAAACUUCAGGAGAGGACCUAUCACUAACUUCCAUCAGUUCAGAAGAACUUCCUAUACUUAAAAAAAAUGUUCUAUCUGUAGCCUGCCAGUAUUAUGAUCCAACAGGUUUAGGGAACCCUCUGGUUUUUACUAUUCGUGCUUUAUACAGUUCUCUCUGCCGCAAUCAAGCACUCAAAAUGGAUUCUCCAUUAGACCCUGAAGAUAGCAAAGUGUUCAAGUCUACUGUAAAGGAAAUGAUAAAGGCCAAAUCCAUUCCCUUUCCACGUCAAAUAAUCUUUGACUUCUCCUUUUCCCUUCACAUCUGUUUCGAUGGAUCCCUUCAAGGCUAUGGUGCUGCAGCUUAUGUCAGUUCCAAUGGAUGUUCUAACCUACUUACUAGCUGUUCUAAAAUCUUAGGCAAAAGCUCAUUUUCAGCCCCCCAGAGUGAAAUUUGUGGUGCUGUGCUAGCUGUCAAGAUGUAUUUGAAAAUCAGGGAUGAGUUAGCUGGCUCCUGUAAGCUAAAAGAAACCAAAUUUUUUGGAGACUCAGAGAUCAUUCUUAAAAUGAUCAACCUUGGUAAACCUACUGACUUACAGGCCUUUUAUGGUACUCGAAUCAUGUUUAUUAUGGAAGAAACUAAGAAAGAACAAUGGUUCUGGUGUCCUGGCCAUGCCAACCCUGCAGACUUACUGACUAGGGCUGGAAGUACUGCUUUAAAUCUACAAUCUGAUACUUGGAUGAAAGGAGGCUUUCUGAAUGAAAACCCCAAUAAUUGGGAAAUCAAGAGUUGUUCCAAUUUAUCCUCAUCAUCCUUAUCAGCUACUGUCAAAGUUUUGAAGAUAGCACCGCUCAACCCCGGCCAAGUUUAUAUUCUAGGCAUGCUAGAAAAGUCUAAGAGUUACAUAAAGGUUAAAAAUGCUCUAAGGCUGUUAACAAAGUGGAUUAGAUCACAUAUUAUUUUGACCAGACCUGUUGCUUCUUGGGAUACAGCUGAAUCCCAUAUUUCCAGAACAAUUCUACAAUGCUUCAAACCGGACAAUGACAGGUUCUUAGCCAAGCAUCCCUUAAAAAAUCUUGUCAAAGUUUUACAGGAAGAUGUUUGGCUUGUAGCAGACCGGAGCUUCAGAUCCAGGAUUGGAAUCCCUCUUGUUUGCAAAGACUCUAUAUUAGCCACUUGCAUAAUAAAAGAUGCUCAUCAAUCCCUAGGUCAUGCUAGAGAUUGGAUCCAGGUGCAGAGUGCCAUUGGCCUUGAAUUCUACAUACCUGGAGCCAAGAAACUUAUUGAUAAAGAACGUGAUUCAUGUGCAGGAUGCACAAGAUUAACACCACAACAGUUCACAGCAUUUGAGUCCGAUGUCAAGGACAACCUCAAAAAGAUGAAUGCUCCAUUCACUUAUUGCCAAGCUGACCUGUUUGGUCCAGAAUAUGUUUACAAUGAAGAAGGCUCAGAGAAAAGGUGGGUUCUUGUUCUAAUGUGCUUGACUUGCAGAGCAGUUCACCUUGAGAUGUUAGAAAAUUACUCAGCAUCCAGCAUCAACAUGGCUUUAAUCAGAGCAUUCUCUACUAGAAGUCAACCUAGAGUUGUUUGGGUAGACGCAGGUCUUAAUAUUAUCAGAGCUGGAAAAGAUGUACAAGCAUCAGAAGAAAUACUCAUUCCUAAUCUUAACACCAAGUUUGCAGGUGUUGAAUUCCGCACCACAUUACCCAAACAUCAUGAAGCCAUUGGUGCUGUUGAAAGAGUUAUAGGAAUAAUUAAGAAGACCAUUAGCAAGUCUCUAGCACCUCCAAGCAAAGUUCGGAUGUCAGAUGAAGAAUUCAGAACAUGGCUCAGCAAGGUCAUGCAGAAGGUUAAUGACCGCCCACUUAUCCUGGGAUUGCCAAUUGGCGUUACACUUACUCCAAACCAUGUUCUCCAUGGAUUUCCUGGAGAUUUUCAUGGUGAAGAGAAGUUCUCAUUUCCAGUAAGUCAACAACUUCAAAGAUGGAGAACAGCACUACAAGUGUUUGGAAAUCUCUGGUGUGAGGAAUAUGCAAGAAGAAACUACCAUGUUAUAUGGGCACAUCAAGGAAAGGUUCCUAAGAUCAAUGAUCUUGUGCUCAUCAGGAAUGAACCCAGAUAUGCACAACCUCACACUAUUGCUCGGGUAGUCUCCUUGCUGACUAGACCAAAUGGUGACAUCUAUGGUGCAAAGGUAGAAUUUAGGAGACAGCUUCAAGGUCGAAUGAUCCAAGUAGAGCGUCAUCUGCAUCAACUUUCUCCCUUCAUGGACAUGGAACUAGAAAAUGGCAGUGAAAUUGUUCAUGGAUUAUCUUCAGAUGAUGCUCAAGCAAACAACAUUGGUCCCUUGCCUUUGGGACAUUCAGAUACUCUUCAAGAUGAAAUUCUGGAUGAACAAUAAUUUAUGCCUUAAUAUUUUAAACCUAAUUUCCCUUAAAAUUUUUCUUCUCAAUUUAAAGGUCAAGGGGGUGGGGGAGGCAAUGUUAAAAUAUUAAAGCAAAGGUCGUCCUACUCCAAUCUUAACUACCUGGACCUUCCGGUGUAUAGUUUAUACUCAACAUCCACUGUAU